GAUGACAAAACCUACUGAGAACAUGUUAAAAAACAUUCACGAGGCUCUCUCCUCGAGGGAUGUCGUACCUAAGCAGUCAUCUUCACUGAUUAAAAAUCAUUAGUUUACCAUGACACAUGGCACCUUCUCAUGGACACCUACACUGACAUACGUGGGCAUCUAAUAGGCCAGAGUAUAAAAAAAUUCUUUGAUCUCCUAGGCUAUGGGAUCACAUUUUCACAAAGUUUAUACCAACCUUAAAAUGUGGAACUCUCGCUCGGACCCAUUCACAAAAUUGUAUGAAUGAGCUUUAAAUAUCAUGUAUCUUCUCUGAAGUAUAAUUUCGUGUUAUAUACAGGGAAGAUGUGUCAACAAAGUCUGUUUAAGGAUAAGGACAUUAAUAAAAGCAGUGAAUUAGACCAACCAUUGGCUGAUGUGGGUAACCCAGUCUCUCAAAGAUGCAUUUUAAAGUCUAUAGGAAAUGCUCUUAUUGGAAUAUUGAAUUUAAUUGUCUUUGCCUUUCUGGACUUGUUGGAUUUUAUUCUAUGCUUGGUGUACCGGUUGGUUGAUUAUCUGGUGGAGAAAGAGCGGACACCAUGCUACUGUUACAAUGGCAACAAAUCAAAAGAAGGUUUGUCAGAAACUCUGUAUUCGAGGAAGAAUUUCGCGAGGGACCUGGUAGUGGUUGUUGUCUGUUUCAUGAAGAAACAUGGUAAAACUGGUGUGGAUUCUGUUCCAGAGAAAAGUAAUUGUAAAUUCAAGCAUUUGGGUGGUAGGUGGUCUGAUUGUGCUUGCCACAGAUGUCUCUCGCCAGACACUGAGAAACUUUAUGUUGCAGUUGGAGGACAAGAUAUCAGAAGGAAAGCAUCAACGGACCAGGGUGGAGCAGCAAGACAAAGGCGACGACGAGCGUACCUCAACUGUUCCAGUCAUUCAGGUUCUCAUAGUUGUGCUUCAGGUAUGGAUGUGAUAUUCAUACAUGGGUUUCUUUCUUCCUCCUCUUUCUGGACUCAGACUGUCUAUCCCAGAUUUUCUGAAGCAGUAAAAUCAAACUAUAGGCUUUUCUCAGUUGACCUUCUUGGCUUCGGAAAGAGUCCCAAGCCAAUUAAUUGCUUGUAUACAGUAGAAGAGCAUAUAGACAUGAUAGAACGGUCAGUUUUUCACCCAUAUGGUGUCAAGUCCUUCCAUUUAGUUGCUCAUUCAAUGGGUUGCAUCAUUGCUCUAGCAUUGGCUUCCAAGUAUCCAAAUGCAUUGAAGUCAAUAACACUUUUAUCUCCACCAUGUUAUCCAGCACCACCUGGGGAGCAACCAAGUCAUUUUGUGCUGAAAAGAAUUGCACCCAAAACAAUCUGGCCUCUCUUGGCAUUUGGUUCAUCCAUAAUGUCAUGGUAUGAGCAUGUUGGUAGAACUGUUUGUUUAGUAGUAUGCAAGAACCACCGAUUAUGGGAAUGGAUUCUAAAGCAGUUGGUAAGGAACAGGAUAGUAGAUUACCGAAUAGAAGACACCACUCGCCAUACACACUUUUCAGCCUGGCAUAACUUCCACAGCGUGAUAUGUGGGACAGCCCAAGAAAUGGACAAGUAUUUAGAAGUUGUUGGACAAACAGAUUGUGAGGUGAUGAUCUUGCAUGGAAAAGAGGAUAAAGUGGUUUCUGUAGACUGCAGCUUAGCAAUAAAGUCAAGAAUUAGCAAAACUAAGCUGAAAGUGUUGGAUAAUGCUGAUCAUGUAGCUGUCAUCAUGGGUCGUGAGAGAAUUCUUGCAAAAGAAUUGGAAGAUUUGUGGGCAUCUUGUGAAUGAUUGAUGAAAUUUCUCAUUAAAUUUUUUUCAAGAAAAAGUGCAUUUAGAUGUCUUGGAAAGAUCAGUUUCAUUCUAUGCCUUGCUAGGGGUUACUAUGCUAUAUUGUUUUAACUCUUUGGGAGGAUUAUAAUUUCAUAAAUCCUAAUUUUUUUCAUGAAUUAUGCUUUCCAUGGUAAAUUGGAAAACUUCUUUACAAAUAUUUUAUUUUAUUUAAUCAAAUUUUUGUCAUUGGUCCAUACUAAAGAUGUAUCCUUUUGACCACAAAUUUGAUGACCCACUUAAAGAAGAGGAAACAAGAAUGGUGAAUGUCAAUAAGAUGGAGUUUGGUCAAUUGCAAAUAAGAUAACCAUCCUCUGAUAUUUGAUA